UUUGGCACGCCCUAGGACAAAGUGCCAAAAACUCAUUUUUGGUAUUAACUUGGACCAUCUGCACAGAAGUAAUGAGCAAGAAAGACAGAGCGAGGGAGAGAAGGGAGAAGAGACGCCAAGAGAUAUGUCAUCUUCGAUCCAUUCCCUAUUCAGAUCACGAAAGAUGGUGGAAGCCAGACACAAUUGCAGUUGUGACAGGUGGAAAUAGAGGAAUUGGAUUUGAGAUCGCCCGUCAGCUAGGUACACAUGGGUUGACAGUCAUUCUUACUUCGAGGGACACAACAUUCGGUGCAGAAGCAGCAAAAGCCUUGCAAGAAGUGGGCUUGAAAGUGGCAUUCCGCCAACUAGAUAUUGUGGAUCCUUCAUCAAUAGAGUCAUUUUCUUCUUGGUUGAAACAUCAUUAUGGCGGUUUAGAUAUACUGGUAAACAAUGCUGGAGUCAAUUUUAAUGUUGGCUCAGAAAACUCCGUGGAACACGCUGAAACAGUUAUCAAGACCAACUAUUAUGGAACCAAAAAUAUGAUGAAAGCCUUAACUCCAUUGCUCAGGCAUUCAGCUUCUAGCGGCAGUCGGAUUGUUAACGUGAGCUCACGGUUAGGAAGACUAAACGGAAGACGAAAUCGAAUUGGAAAUGCUAACUUGAGACAUAAACUGGAGGACAUAGAAACGCUAUCAGAGGAAUUGAUCGAUCAGACUUUGAAAACAUUUUUAGAACAAGUAAAAGACGGAACUUGGAAAGCUGGCGGAUGGCCUCAGAAUUAUACCGACUACUCUUUGUCUAAACUUGGAGUUAAUGCUUUUAGUAGGGUAAUGGCCCGAGAAGUUGAAGGUUGUGCUGAGAAAAAGAUAUUUGUGAAUUGCUAUUGUCCGGGUUGGGUGAAGACCGGAAUGACCGGUUGGGCGGGGAAUAUAUCUCCGGAAGAAGCGGCUGAUACUGCAGUAUGGUUAGCAUUGCACCAUCCACACCUCUCUGCUAGCGGUAAGUUUUUUGCUGAGAGGAGAGAGAUAAAUUUCUGAGGAUUUGAAAGGUUUGAUCAAGACAUGGCGGAGGGAGUGUCUUGUGAUCUAUGUAUUUGUGGUUUUACUUUGACAUGGAUGCUUUGUGUAGGUUAUUUUUAUGGAAUAUAUAUGAAUUCUCUUAUAUAGAAUCUUGGCAUCACUAUCAUCACUGCUUACUUUCACUGUGCGCCUCUAUGAAAAUGAAAAUGGUUGUGUCAGCCUGUCAUGAAAACACUUGCUGCGA